ACCUCACUGCAAUAUCUCUCCCCUGCUAUCUAAAUAUCUAUCUUUAUUAAUUAAAGCGUUAACCUAACUCUUACUAUUUCUCAUUUUUCUUCUCUUCAAAUUCAAAUUCUGAUCAUUUUACUACUAUUACUAUAUGCGAUUAUCAAUUCGCCGAAUUAUAGAAUUAUAGAGUAGAGAAACAAACAAAAUGGAAAAAGGAAAAGUAGAGAGCGGAGGAGUUUGCUCAUCGGAAACCGUUAACGGCGGCAAAGAUAUCUUCAGUUGCCAAAAUUCCGGUGCUGAUCAUCUUGUUAUAAUGGUCCACGGUAUUCUCGGAAGCGCCACAGACUGGAAGUUUGGUGCUGAGCAGUUUGUUCGGAUGCUUCCUGACAAAGUUUUUGUUCAUUGUAGUGAACGCAAUAUGGCAAAAUUAACAUUGGAUGGUGUGGAUGUAAUGGGUGAGAGAUUGGCUGAGGAGGUUCUUGAAGUGAUCAAGAGAAAUCCAGGUCUAAAGAAAAUUUCUUUUGUUUCCCAUUCGGUUGGAGGGUUGGUGGCAAGAUAUGCCAUUGGGAGAUUGUAUAGACCUCCUAGAAUGGAGAAUGUGGCGGAUUUAUUGGCCAAUGCAUGUGUAGAAGGGUCAAAGGGCACGAUAGCUGGUUUGCAACCAAUAAAUUUUGUCACUGUUGCCACACCUCAUCUUGGAUCUAGGGGUAACAAGCAGGUACCAUUUCUUUUUGGUGUAACUGCCCUAGAGAAAGUUGCUUUUCAUGUAAUUCAUUUGAUAUUCAGAAGAACAGGGCAGCACCUUUUUCUUUGUGAUAAUGAUGAAGGGAGGCCUCCAUUACUUAAACGCAUGGUGGAAGAUGACGGUGAACUACGCUUCAUGUCUGCAUUGCGUUCAUUCAAGCGCCGAGUUGCAUAUUCAAAUGUUGGCUAUGACCAUAUUGUUGGUUGGAGAACAUCAUCUAUUAGACGUAAUAAUGAACUCCCCAAGUGGGAAGAUUCCUUGAAUGAAAAGUAUCCUCACAUUGUCUAUGAAGAACAUUGCAAGGCAUGUGAUGGUGAGCAGGGUGAAUCCGUUGUGAAGGAAGAUGAUUCUUUGGACAAGACGGAAGAGGAAUUGGUGACUGGUUUGUCUAGAGUGUCAUGGGACAAAGUAGACGUUAGCUUUCACAAGAGCAGGCGUAGAUUUGCUGCUCACAGUGUUAUUCAGGUGAAGGAUCAAUAUGUGCAUGCCGAAGGUGCUGAUGUUAUACAACAUAUGAUUGAUAAUUUUAUCGUAUAGAAGCCAAAUCAAAUCUGAAAUAUUCAAGGUAAUAUUCUCUUGGAUCUCAUUAUAACCAUUUUUAUGAAUUGUAAACAAGAAACAAUUAUGAGGAACUUUGUUGACUCAUUGUGCUCUAGGGUACAUGAACAUAGUUCCAUGUAUAAAUGAAAAAUUAUUAUUUUCUCAAAACAAUUUCCACUUUCCUAUACUUGAGGUUGGAGUUUAUCUUCCAACCAAAUGGUCACAUAUCUGAUAUCGCCCUUUCUAUGGAAGACGAAAAUUUGUAGAGGGGGGAAACUUCUCUAGGACAAAACACAAUACUAGAGUUCUGUGGUAUCAGUGGCCACAGAGCCUGGCACAAUGUUCUUUAUAUAUUUCCAGUAGUAUUCUAGGUAGUAUUGCAUGUAAUGUAGGCUUAGCCAUUUUAGAAACAUCAAUGAAAAUAUUACCCGAAAGGUAUUUGUAAUUGUAACGUUGUCGUUCUCUAUCAAUUAACUUUAGAGAAUCUUAUUCA